AUGAAACCAAAUAUUUACUCAACUCUACUUUAUAUAUUUAUUUUACUCAUUGGUUCUUCAUAUCAAACAGAAGUAUAUUAUACCAAGACAGAUGCCAUUCUAACCGAUCCCAAUUUCGAUUAUCAUAUAAUUGAUACUGUAAUGAUUACCUCUACAGUCAUAAAUCCAACAGAUUAUGAAGUUUUGAAUAAUACUGCAUUCAGAAUUUCAAUAACCCCAGACAAUCUAAAAAGAUUCGGAGAAUUUAUUUCUUUAUAUUCUAAGAAUAGUGUAAAACAACAAUUUAAAUGGUUACCAUUUAUUGUAUCAUCGAUCAGUAGUGUUCCAACAGAAGGAGGAAUAAUUACAAUAAAUGGAUAUUUUUUAAAUGAAAAAGUUAUUUUUUUUAAUAUCGGUCAAUUCCAAACAACUCCUACCAAUGCAACAAUAGAUUCAGCUCUAUUUCUCAUACCACAAUUAAACGAUUCAUCUUCAAUUUAUAAUAUAGAAUCUCUAAUUACAGUUGGUACAUAUACGUUUCCUAGUUUCUUAUGGAAUGUUAAAGAUCCGACUAUUUCCUCAGUAACUUUGAAUAAUAGAUUAAUCAUUAAUGGUAGUAGCUUUGGUCCAAAUAAAGAUUGGAUCAGAUGUAAUGUUGCUGGAUAUAAUACACCUUCUGUUCUUUCAAUUGUUGAGUUUACCCAACAAUACUGGUUACCAAUAAUAAAUAAUACAACAUCAACAUCAAGUGUUCUUGGUGGACGUGUUACAAUUUCAGGUGAUUUAUUCAAUUCAGUUAAUUCUUUUGGUUUUAAAACAAUCAAAACUAUUCAAAUUGGAUCACAAUCAUGUUUGAAUGUUUCUGAUGUCUAUUUAAAUAGUAAUUCUUUCAUUUGCCAACUUGGACCAAUUUCAAAGAUGUCAAACACUGAACAAUUCACAAAUAUUCCAAUUUUAGUUACAAUUGAUGGAGCAACAUCAAUCAAUUCAAAUAUAUUAUUUAAUUAUGAUGUUCCAUCAAUUUCAAAUAUCUAUCAAAAUGGAAAAAGAAAGAAAAAGAAGAGCUGUUUCCAAAUUCAACAAUUAAGAAUAUCAAUUCCUAAAAAUUUAAUAUUGUUAAAUGUAAGAAUGGAUCAAUAA